CUCUCAGUCCACAGACAUGUCGCACACGAGCUGAAGUAAACCUGUCAUCGUGGCUCCGCAGCCUCCAGGAUCCCACUCACACUCACACACACACAGACACACACUGGAGAGGACCCGCAUCUUCCCUUUUUUUUUUGAUUUGUCUGCCUGCUCCUCUUCUUCCUCUUCUUCUUCUGCUGCUUGUCGUCGGGACGUGGACGAGUGGAUAUGAAUUAUGAGCCGUUUCCUCACUAAUGAACCGGGCCAGUGAUGCAGGAGACCACGGCGCUGUUUCAAGAUGGCAGAUUUUUAUUGAGUUUUGAGCGGAGACCUCGCUUUCUCUUUGGCCAUGUAUAACAGAAACCCUUGCACCGAUGGCCCCUGUAUACGAAGGUAUGGCCUCGCAAGUGCAAGUGUUCUCCCCUCACACUCUCCAGUCAAGUGCCUUCUUUAGCGUGAAGAAACUGAAGGUGGAGCAGAGUUGUAACUGGGAUAUGACAGGGUACGGCACACACAGCAAAGUCUACAGCCACAACAGCAGCAAGAACGUGUCGACCACCAGUGGUCCCCUCUGCAUCAACAGCUCCCUGCAGGUCGCUAGCUCCACCCUGCCCUACGAGCAGGCGCUCAUCUUCCCAGCCAGCGCGGGCCACAUCGUGGUCGCCUCAGCCAGCAGCACUUCAGGGGCCUUGGGGUCUCUGCUGGGCAGCGGGGGUGGAGGCAGCAGCAGCAACAGCAGUGGAGGUGGCGGCGGCAGUGGUGUGGGUAGCGGGGUUGGUGUUCACAACCUGACGCGCCGCAGUACGGUCACUCUCCUCGACACCUACCAGCGAUGCGGGCUUAAACGCAAGAGCGAGGAGCUUGACAAUAACAGCAGUGUGCAGAUCAUUGAGGAACACGGUCCACCAAUGAUCCAGAACGGAGCAGCCAGUGGAGCCACGGUGGCUACAGCGGCCACCGCCACCUCCACAGCUACGUCCAAAAACAGCGGCUCCAACAACGAGGGGGACUACCAGCUGGUGCAACAUGAAGUGCUCUGCUCCAUGACCAACACCUACGAAGUCCUGGAAUUCUUGGGGCGGGGAACCUUUGGACAGGUGGUAAAAUGCUGGAAGAGGGGCACCAACGAGAUUGUGGCAAUCAAGAUCUUAAAAAACCACCCGUCUUACGCACGGCAGGGUCAGAUCGAAGUGAGCAUCCUGGCGCGUCUCAGCACGGAGAGUGCAGACGACUACAACUUUGUGAGGGCCUACGAGUGCUUCCAGCACAAGAACCACACGUGCCUGGUAUUUGAGAUGCUGGAGCAGAACCUGUACGACUUCCUCAAGCAGAACAAGUUCAGCCCGCUGCCGCUCAAAUACAUCAGACCCGUGCUCCAGCAGGUGGCCUCAGCACUGAUGAAGCUGAAGAGCCUGGGGCUGAUCCACGCUGACCUGAAGCCGGAGAACAUCAUGCUCGUGGACCCAUCUCGACAGCCCUACAGGGUCAAAGUCAUUGACUUCGGCUCAGCCAGCCACGUGUCCAAAGCAGUGUGCUCCACGUACCUGCAGUCCAGAUACUACAGGGCUCCAGAGAUCAUCCUGGGCCUGCCGUUCUGCGAGGCCAUCGACAUGUGGUCCCUGGGCUGUGUGAUAGCCGAGCUCUUCCUGGGAUGGCCCCUCUACCCCGGAGCCUCGGAGUUCGAUCAGAUCCGGUACGUCUCCCAGACGCAGGGUCUGCCUGCAGAGUAUCUGUUGAGUGCAGGGACGAAGACCACCAGGUUCUUCAACAGAGACCCCGACUCCACCUACCCCCUCUGGAGACUCAAGACUCAAGAGGACCACGAGGGCGAAACGGGGAUCAAGUCGAAGGAGGCUCGAAAGUACAUCUUCAACUGUCUGGACGAUAUGGCGCAGGUGAACAUGUCGUCGGACCUGGAGGGGACCGAGAUGCUGGCGGAGAAGGCCGACCGCCGGGAGUUCAUCGACCUGUUAACCAAGAUGCUGACCAUCGACGCGGACAAGAGGAUCACCCCCAUCGAAACGCUCAACCACCCCUUCGUCACCAUGUCACACCUCCUCGAUUUCCCACACAGCACACACGUGAAGUCAUGCUUCCAGAACAUGGAGAUCUGUAAGCGUCGUGUCAACAUGUACGACCCGGUCAACCAGAGCAAGACGCCCUUCAUCACCCACGUGGCCCCCAGCACCUCCACCAACCUCACCAUGACCUUCAACAACCAGCUGAACACUGUGCACAGCCAGGCCGCCAACCUGGCUCCCUCCUCCACCAACAAUGCCACCCUUUCCUUUGCAAGUCCCGAUGUCUCCAUACUAAACUACCAAUCUGCACUCUACCAGCCUGCAGCUGCCUCCAUGGCAGCGGUGGCCCAGAGGAGCAUGCCCCUGCAGCCGGGGGCUCCUCAGCUCUGCGCCGCCCGGCCCGACCCCUUCCAGCAGGCGCUCAUCGUCUGCCCACCUGGCUUCCAAGGGCUGCAGGCGUCCCCUUCCAAGCACACCAGUUACUCUGUGCGGAUGGAGAACGCCGUUCCCAUCGUGACGCAGGCCCCUGGUGCCCAGCCCCUGCAGAUCCAACCCGGUCUGCUCACACAGCAGGCCUGGCCCAGCGGCACCCAGCAGAUCCUGCUGCCUCCAGCCUGGCAGCAGCUCACCCACACCUCAGUCCAGCAUGCCACUGUCAUCCCCGACUCCAUGAGCGGCGCACAGCCUCUCGCCAACUGGAGGAAUCCCCACCCUCAUGGCAGCCAUUAUAAUCCCAUCAUGCAGCAGCCAGCCUUGUUGGCUGGACACGUCACACUCCCAUCCAACCAGACGCUUAAUGUGGGAGUGGCUCAUGUUAUGAGGCAACACUCGACUAAUAACAACUCCUCUUCCAAAAAGAACAAACAGCACCAGAUGACUGCCAGGAACAUGUCGGCCUAUGAGGUGUCGUCCUCGCAGGCCGUGCUGUCCCCGCAGCGCUCAAAGAGGGUGAAGGAGAACACGCCCCCGCGCUGUGCCGUGCUGCAGAACGGCUCGGCCCCCAACAACUGUCCGCCCCCGCAGCCAUGUGGCGGCGGCGGGUGGGGGGCUGGCGGAGCCGAGCAGGCCUCCAGCACCACGCGCGACCAUCAGCACCAGCACCACGUCCCCAGACAGACCAUCAUCAUCCCCGACACACCCAGCCCCGCAGUCAGCAUCAUCACCAUCAGCAGCGACACGGAUGAGGAGGAGGACCGAAAACAAAACAAACGCUCAACUUCGAAGCAAAGGAAGAAUGUCAUCAGCUGCGUGACGGUCCACGACUCCCCCGACUCCGACUGCUCCAGCAACAGCCCCUACACUGUGCAGUCCAGACCCCCAAACAACAACAGCUACGACACAAAGAACACCAUACUGGACAACUACAACAACGGGAACCGCACCAUCAUCAUCCCCCCUCUCAAGACCCAGAACAUCGAGGUCCCGAUUGAAUGUGAGCGCCUGAUGACAGAUGCAAUGAACCAUCAUAAUUCAGCUUACAAGUUCAAAUCCAACAUGAUGUCUGGCAAUAAUCACAUACCAGGUUGCAUCACUGGAGGCGGGUCCUACCGACAGCAGCGCUCAGGGCCACACCCCCUCCAGCAGCAGCCCCUCAAUCUCAGCCAGGUAAAGAGAAACAUCCAGCAGCACAUGGUAGCAGAGCGAAACGGAGGUCAUCGGCGCCAGCAGGCCUACAUCACCCCCACCAUCGCCACUCAGGCCCCGUACUCCUUCCAUCACAACAGCCCCUCUCACACGGGGAACGUCCACGCGCACCUGGCUGCCGCACACCUGCCCAGCCAGCCCCACCUCUACGCCUACACAGCCCCCGCUGCUCUGGGCUCCACCGGAACAGUGGCCCACCUGGUGGCGACGCAAGGCACGGCGCGCCACGCGGUCCAGCACGGAAGCUACCCGCCGAGCCUCGUCCACCAGGUCCCGGUCAGCAUGGGCCACCGCGUGCUGCCCUCGCCCACCCUGCACCACAGUCAGUACCAGGCCCAGUUUGCCCACCAGGCCUACAUCAGCGCCUCGCCCGCCUCCGCUGUCUACACUGGAUACCCGCUGAGCCCCACCAAGGUCAACCAGUACCCAUACCUCUAGAGAAAGACACUGACUGACACUGGAGAGCCUGACCCAGCACUGCUGCUUCCCCCUCGAACCCGCCUGCACCCCCCUCGACGCCCUGAACAUCCUCUCCUCAGCCUCAGACAUACACAGGGACAGAGGAACAUGCAAUCCUCACAAAACUUCACGUUUGACUUGAAGAUGUAACGAGAGAGAAAAAACAAACGAAAAGAUUCACAGCCUCUCUGGAAAGGAAAGAUGGGGGUUUGUUUUGUGAGGGGAACUGUUCAAGAUGUUUUCUUUCACUUUUAGUUUUUCUUCCUCCUGAAAGGGCCAGUUUUUAUGUUGCUUUUAUUUCCCUAUUCUUCGCUUUAUUUUACGAGGAAAGAAACGUCUCAUUAGUUUCACAGGGAGGUUUUGAACGAGGCCUUUUCGGACAGCGGAGAUUUUCCGAUUUUGUUUUUAUUUUUAUUUUCCCCCUCUUCAAUUUGGGAAGUGACUGUUGAACAGGGGUUACUGACUGGAAGUUAGGAAUCCCAAGAGAUGUUUUUGGGAGAAGGUGAAAUACGGAAAACCUGCUGCUCUUCAAAGAAAAAAAAAAAUAUUGAUGGCCUUGAACUGUCUUAAUAUUUCCAAUCAUUCAUGGCGUGGGGAGUAAAGAGAAGAGAGGCAUCUUCCCCCACUCCACCUUCUCCGGUCGAGGAGGCUUCUGGAAAUAUAACCAACAGAAGACAACAAACUUUUUAGUGUAUUUAUAGAUAUUUGUUUUUUCUUUUGUUGGGUUUCACCUUUUACGAUGAUACUUCAGUUUUAGCUAGGUGUCUUAGCUGGGGCCCCGUUCUUAGAAUGUAGCAGUCAGCACCUGUUUGUUUGAAAGAUUCUUUUAUCUCCUGAUACCAAUAGAUUUAUUUGUUCCUUUUUACUUUCAAUGUGAUUGCACAAAGUGGUUAUAACAACAUAGGCAUGUACAACGUGAUUGUCUGUGUGUGCUACUGUCAGCCAUGCGUGUGUAGUCCACUCCCUCAGAACCCUCUUCAGUCUGUAGGUUUUUCACCAUUGUUCCCUCGUAGUGCCUUACAGAUAUGACCACACAGUUUACUCGGCUUGGAUCCUGAAAGCCGCAGGAGACUAUAGCUAUACUUAGAGAGACAUGAUUCCCUGGUUUCUCCAUCCGAGUCGGGGCAGUCGUAGCUCUCUUCCAGGUGUAGGCUCAGCCCUGGCUGUUUCUCGUCGUGAGCGUAGAUUAAUGGAGAUUAACGUCGGAUUCGCUAUCACGCUGAGCUCCUUUCUGAUGUGUGCAUGAGAUAACUUGCCUGGGGUACUUACCAAAGUCAUAGAUUCAAUUCUUGUUACACCCGCUCUGGAUAUUCUUGUAAAUAGGAACAAUGUACAUUAUAGCUGUAGCUGUAAACCUCUUAUCACGGUGGAGCCCCGACAUGUGGCGUUAGUUUGGCAUAUAUUUGUUUUUUGGGGGGAAAUCACACAAGGGAAUGCAUGCGUCGUGAUUACAGAGCAGAGAUUUCACUUGUUUUUUCCAGGGGAUGAGUUUGCAGUACAAUGUUUUUUUGCGACACAGUAAAGGUCGUUUUUGUUGUUGUUGUUGUUGUUUUAAAGGUUAAAAGCUAGUCCGAAAGAAGGGCCUGACAGAAAGUGAUUGUUGCCGUGAGGGAGGGUCUGUGAGGCUAGCGAUAGCCCGGCUGCAGCAGAGGGACAGAGUACCGAUGGGUUGUUUGAGAGAGAGAGAUGGUGUGUAGACACGAGUGAAGGGGCUGGUUGAGGGCGUGGGGUCAGUUUAGGUAGGGGACCGCGGGGGGGGGGGG